AAAAAACCCAAACUUUCAUUCUGAACUCUCAACCUUUCUCUCUCCAGGUACAAAUCUCCGAAAUUGCAAGUUUGUGAAGCACUUGGCUUUCUUGUUUGGUCGAUCGGAAAAAUCGAUCAAAACGAAGGAAACGAGAAGAAAAUUUUCUUACCGAGUCCACUUGGUUUGGCUAUAACAGCUCAAAUUUUCAAAAACAUCUCUUCAAAUCAAUAAAUUUUUCGUGAUUUCUUUCCUUUUAUACAGUGCAGACAGAUGAUGACGACAUCGUUCUCAUUUUCUUUCCUUUUCUUCGAUUUUCUGAUCUACCAAACACAGUAACGCAGCAAAUCGGUAAUGGAGAUGUCCUCUCAGAAAACGGUCGAAUCGAUUAACAGAACGGUUGAUACAGUUAGUGCGGCUCCAGGAUUCGCUCUAAAAGGAGGUGGAGAGAGUGAGGAUAUGGUUACAGUUACAGAUGCUGAACGAUCUCUUUUCCAGGGAAAAAAGCUGGUUAAACAGCUUGUCUUCACGGAGUUCGGCUUGUAUCCGGUCACCACCCCGCCGUUGUCUGUGAAGAGCGAGAUUUUACCGUUCAAGAUGAAUCCUAAGCUUAUUUUACCGCCACCUUCGCUCACCGCGUCAAAGUCAGAAUCACUAGUAACUCUGCCACAAGACAGUAUCAAAGCAAAAAGUGGUUCUAAACAAUGCCGGUGCAAACGAUCAAAAUGCUUGCAGCUGUACUGUGAAUGCUUUGCUAUUGGGGCAUAUUGUAACGGGUGCAAUUGCUCUCAUUGUCACAACAAUGUUGCCUGUGAGGAAUUACGGAAAGCAGCUGCAGAAAUCAUCCUAGAGCGUAAUCCACUUGCGUUCAGGCCAAAGAUUGCAAGCAGUCCUUGUAGUCCACAGGAUAAUGGGGAUGAUGCAGGGGACACGCCUUGGGUGGGAAGACACAACAGAGGAUGCAACUGCAAGAGAAGUGAGUGCCUAAAGAAGUAUUGCGAGUGCUUCCGAGCUAAUGUCUUCUGCUAUGAGAACUGCAAAUGCACGGAUUGCAAGAAUUAUGAAGGGUACAAGGAGAUGAUUUUUCCUGCCAUGUGUAAGAGUAAAAAACUCUAUGAAAAUGCGCAAGGAUGUGAAGAGAGUUUUGCCAUUUCUAAAAGAGACAACGGUAAUGUCAAAAUCUGCAAGAAUUUUGAAGGAUGUCGAGGAAGCAUGAAUGUUUCUGGUGAAUCUGGUCAACAUAGUAGUGAUACAAAACUUUACGUCCGACUGGUCAACACUGUAAUAUCUGAUGCCAUGAGACUAUCAGGUCACGGCCUCUCCCAGGAAUCAAGAAAGAGAAAAAUUCAGGAAUACCUUUCCAUUGAGAAAGACACUAAUCAGAUGUUAGCUGAUUAUCAACAGGUGAAUCCUCUUGGAGUAUCGCAUCCCCUAUCUGGCUCUGCUGUUGAUCCUGUUUCUCUGAACAACGGUUCUGCAGCAUCAGGCUCUUUUUCACAUGCAUACAGGUCCUUGCUGCCAAGUCCACGUCUAAUUCAUCCAGAUGACUCAAGAGAGCUUUGCUCAGGUUUGUUGCUCUUGGCAGAAGCUGCAAAUGUCCUUGCAGACAAAGUUGGCAAAUUAGACAUGCAAGAAGCAGGAGAAAACCAGGAAGCAAAUGUUAUUGAAGCACAGAACAAGAAGAACAACCAUAACAAUUACAAUUUGACUAAGCAUAGACCUGCUGGUGCUAAUGGAGAAGGAAUGAGACUGCCUUCUGGAACACUUACAUUAAUCUGUAAUGACAGAGGUACAGUGUUCAUGGAAGCUACUUCGGAAGGUGAGAUUCUAAGGCAUGGCUGGGAUAGUGCCUUUGCAGAGCUGGAGGGACGUGUGUUGGCUAGUUUCAAGGACUGUCUUGAGAAACUCAUAACAUUUACAAACAAGAAGGCUAGAGCUGUGAUGGGUGGACAAUUUCUUCAAGGCAGCAAUCCUACCAUUGGAGUCUGAACAGAAAUGUGCAUUAGAAGAAGAAAACAUGCAAUUAUAUCCUAAACUCAUGGUCUGGAAUAUGCUAUAAGAUCUGCAAGGAAGAAAUCUUCACAUUCAAUCAAGGUAAGCUGUAAAAGGUUGCACACAUGUUGAACAGGCAAAUAACUGCAUAGAAAGUUUAAUUUCAUAUGCAUACGCCUUGCCUCAUUUUCCAGUUAACAUAAAGAAAAUGUCAGAACAGUU